AUGACCCUCCAAUUCCCAAUAUUCCCGCGGGAUUAUUUCCAACCAAGUCCAGCAAAACAAUUCUUAUCUUUGAAGAAUAGCCCAGGCAUCCUGAACCCCGCAUAUAUUGAUCAGAUCUUCCAAGAGCUGAAGCCCAUCAAGCCGGAUAACCUUAUGGGAGAAUGGGAUGGAUACAUCUUAUCGACCGGGCACCCAUUUGAAAGCGAGCUGGAAGAACUCAAUUGGUUCGGCAACACGUUCGAUUCAAAGGAUGAUGUGGCGCCGCUCAUGGUGGCUAAACAUGGGGAUCGUGUACGCUUUGAAGAUUGGGGUGGCGCUUCGCUAUGUGAGAUGAAGUAUCAAGGGAUCGUAUCUGCGGCUUUAAUCUACGAUGAGCGCCCGACGAUGGUAUACUACAGAGCUGUACGGUCGAACAUGGUAGCGGGAAUAAUGGAAAGCAAACGAUUUGGACAAGCAGGGAAGGUUUAUUUCUACUUGACAAAAUGA